GCGGGCAAUCGUGCCCCUGACGGCUCGUGUCCUGCGCGCCGACGCGGCGGCUGCGUCCGGUCUGCCGACGGUUGGCGCCAGCAAGGAAUCGGACGAGCUGGUUGAGGUCGGGUUUGAGUUCAGGAAGCUGCGGUUCCUGUACCAUCCCGAGACAAACACCUUCACACGCCUCAAGUUCCCCGUCCACGAGCCGUUCGAAUCGUACCUCCGUGCUAGCGGCUACGGCUCCGCGGACCGCGUCGCCUCGGCGGCCGAGGUGUGGGGCCUGAACCGGUUCGACGUCCCGGUGCCGCCGUUCCUGGACCUGCUGCGGGAGCAGAUGCUGGCGCCGUUCUUCGUGUUCCAGAUCUUCUGCGUCGGGCUGUGGUGCCUGGACGAGUACUGGUACUACUCCAUCUUCACGCUCUUCAUGCUGGUCAUGUUUGAGUGCACGGUCGUAGGCCAGCGCAUGCGCACGCUCAAGGAGCUGCGCAGCCUGCAGGUGCCCAAGCAGAAGCUGCACGCGUACAGGAACGGCAAGUGGGAGGUGGUCCCCGGGGAGGCCCUACUGCCGGGUGACGUCAUCAGCAUAGGACGGCCCAGCGGCGAGGGCAACGAGGACAAGGUGGUGCCCGCGGACUGCCUGCUGCUGGCCGGCAGCGCUAUUGUGGAGGAGGCGGUGCUGACCGGCGAGAGCACGCCGCAGUGGAAGGGCGCCGUCGGCGACGCGGGCGUGCCGCCGUCGGAGCGGCUGCACAUCAAGACGCACAAGCACCACGUGCUGUUUGGCGGCACCAAGGUCCUGCAGCAUACGGGCGACAAGGCUGCACGACUCAGGCGCGCCUUCAGAUAG